GUCCAACCAAUGUUUUUUACUUGCUUUAGUGGCUGUGGCUCCCUAAUUAAUUGCAGCUAUCUGUCUCCUAUCGAUGUGUGUGUACAUGUGUGUUGUGUGUGUGUGUUUCCCUUUCUCUCCCCAAACCGAACAUGAAAUAGUUUGUUGGGCUAUACUUUCUUUCUUCCUAUCGUUCCCCCUUCCUUCCUUCCCGUCCGGGUUCGCAGGCAGAGACAGGACAGAUUGAAACCCAGCUGUGUUCGUCGCUUUUGGUCGUUGCCAUUUUCCCCCCUUAUUGCCCGGUGAUGUUGGAUAUGGGAGAGCGCAAAGAGGUGAAAAUGAUUCCUAAAUCGUCGUUCAGUAUAAACAGUUUGGUGCCAGAGGCCGUGCAAAGCGACAACAACAACCAUCAGAACCAGCAUCACCACCAAAACCACCACCACCACCAGAACCACCACCGGCCCGGUGGCGUGGACGAAGCCGAGCAGAAAGCUCCUCUCCCGGCCGAGCAGCAGGACAGCAAAGCGGAUCCUAAAAGUGACUCCUCGAGCCAGGAUAGCUGCCCGGACGAGAAGGAGAAGCAGGAGGAGAAGAAGGACGGGAAAGACGGGGACGGCGGCGCCGGAGGGAAGGACGGAGAGAAGAAAAGCGGCAAGUACGAAAAACCUCCUUUUAGUUAUAACGCUUUGAUAAUGAUGGCCAUCAGGCAGAGCCCGGAGAAGCGGCUCACCCUCAACGGCAUUUAUGAGUUCAUCAUGAAAAACUUCCCGUACUACCGGGAGAACAAGCAGGGCUGGCAGAACUCCAUCCGGCACAACCUCAGCUUGAAUAAAUGCUUCGUCAAGGUGCCGCGGCACUACGACGACCCGGGCAAAGGGAACUACUGGAUGCUGGACCCCAGCAGCGACGACGUCUUCAUCGGUGGAACCACCGGGAAGCUCCGGCGGCGGUCCACCACCUCCCGGGCCAAGCUGGCCUUCAAGCGGGGCGCCCGCCUGACCUCCGGGCUGACCUUCAUGGACCGUGCCGGCUCCUUGUACUGGCCCAUGUCUCCCUUCCUCUCCCUGCAUCACCCGCGGGCCGGCAGCACCCUGGGCUACAACGGGACCCCCUCGGGCUACCCCGGUCACCCCAUGUCCUACAGCACCAUGCUCACCCAGAACAUGGCCAGCAACCACUCGUCGUUCCCGUCCUCCAACGGGCUCAGCAUGGACCGGCUGGUUGGCGCGGAUCUCCCCUACGCGACGCACCACCUGACGGCUGCGGCCCUGGCGGCCUCGGCGGUGCCCUGUGGCCUCUCCGUGCCUUGCUCCGGGGCCACUUACUCCCUGAACCCGUGCUCGGUUAACCUGCUGGCCGGGCAGACAAGUUACUUUUUCCCCCACGUCCCGCACCCGUCCAUGACGCAGUCCAGCUCCUUGCAGGCCGCCCGGGCAUCGGCCUCCAAUUCCCCGCAGGCUCCGUCCUCCUCGCUGCCCUGUGACUCUCUGAGGCCGGCUCUGUCCGGCUCUCUGCCGGCCUUCUCCUCGGGACUUUCCGGGGGUUUGUCUGACUAUUUUACGCAUCAAAACCAGGGCUCGACCUCCAACCCACUUAUACACUAACACACUAAACCCUCACCCCUCCACCUUACCUCACCUCUCCAUCCAUCCAUCCUCCCCAUUCCACCCCUGAAGGAGUGAAACUCUUAAAAUGACUGGAACUGUAAGUUGAACAUUUUACACUGAACAUUUACAUUGUAAAAAACAAAAACAAAAUUAUUAUAAACUACCUACUAUAGAAAAAAAGAAGAGAGACUUAAACUGCAAAACAAAAAAGAGCAGCAGAGAAACUCACAGAAAGCAGCCCUGAAGUUUCCAGGUAUUUUUUAAUAUUAUUAUUAUUAUUAUAAUUAUUAUUAUUAUUAUUAUCUCUUCUUCUCCUGCUCCAUCUUCUGCUGCAGUUUUAAUUUCUGUGUACAUAAUGUCUGUUACUAUAAGUGUCCGGGGUGUGUCUCUGUAUAGUACUGUCAGUCAGCGACGUGCAAUGUGACUUGAGCUAAAACAGAGAGAAUGAUGAUAGGCUGAUUUUUUCUGUUGUUGUUGUUGUUCGAGAAGGCAUUACUUUUAAUAGAAUGUGUAUUUAAAAAUAGUUUUGUCUAAUUUUGAGAUUUAAAAAAGGUUAAAAUAAUAAUAAUAAUAUCUCUAAUAGCCGGUUUUUGCCCGCAUGUUUGCAGUAUUAUCAGGUAUCAUGCUGGUUAGAAAAGAAGCGGCGGAGAAUGAUUUUUAUUUGACAAAAUUUAAACACUAAUUUUCUUUUUUGAUUAUUAUUUUCUAUACAUUGAAAUGUGUUUUUUUUUUAAGCGACUCCCGCCGUUAAAGUCCUGAGGCUGUUUCUCCAUUAUUUCAUUUCCCAGUUCAAGAACUGCUCAUGUACUUUUUAUAGACCAAAGAAUCGGUUUUUAGGAAAUUUAGAGUUCAUUAUUCAGCUUACAGAGGCCUAAUGUCGUAGGAAUUAGAGUGAAUGGAUAAAUGAGUGAGUGAAUGAAUAGAGGGGUAAAUUAUGCCUCCCUCACUGCAGAAAAUGUCCAUUUAAACGAGAUUUUUAUAGAAUUUAUUUGAGGAAAUCUUUAGAUUUCUUGAAUUAGCAGAAAUUUGAAUGGAGUUUGGUGGGCGCCGAUUUCAAAUGAUUUACACAUGAAUGUUUUGUUGGUGCAGCUGGAGGUCUUUCGCCUUAAUCCGCCUCGUCUUCAGGUUAAAGGUUAAAACUGCGUUGGAAACAGCGUGAAUUUAACUCCUCAUCUAACAGAAAAAUUCUGAUUUAAAAACUGAAUUUUGAGCGUGAAUAUCUCGUUGUUUGAUGGAUAUUUUCCGCGGUGGCAGCCUGUGAUUUGCUUUCUUUGACUGUAAACGUGAUCGUCGGUAACAACGGACCUUCACGCUUCUUCUUCUACUUUUUUUUUUUGUAUAAUUAGUAAAAGAGAGAGAAAACAAUGUCUAUUUGUAAUUUGAAUUUAGGGGUUUCCUUCUUUUCUAAAAAGAAGAACAAUGUAAAACCCCGUUUGUUUGACAGAA